AUGGUUGGUAGGGGAAACCAUUCUAAUCCUUCUUCAGACGUGGAUGAGCGGCAGAUUGCUCAAGCUAUGGAGUUGAUUGUUGUUGCUAUUGGACAGCAAAAUACUUUGUUGGCUCAGAUGGAGACCAAUCGGGCUGCAGCUGAAGCAGCUAGGGUUAAGGUACCUGAUGAGUAUAGGGGCUUUUUAGAAUUCAGAAAAGGGAAUCCUCCUCAAUUUACAGGUGUUGAUGGACCUGAAGUUGCUGAUCAGUGGAUUGAGGAGAUGGAGAAAAUCUUCAUGGUGAUGCAUUGUCCUGAGGAAAGGAAGCUGGUUUAUGUUGUUUAUAUGUUGGUGGGUGAGGCUAGCUUCUGGUGGAAAGGUGCUCAAGCUAUGAUGGAAGCUAGAGGGGAAGUGGUGAAUUGGGAGAACUUCAGAAAGGUGUUUCUGGAGAAAUAUUUUCCAGAUAGUGUCAGAUAUGCUAAGGAAGCUGAAUUUUUGAGAUUACAGCAAGGGAAUAUGUCAGUACAAGAGUAUGUGGUCAAGUUUGAACACUUAGCUAGGUACUAUUCUCAAGCUAACACUGAAGCUUGGAGAUGUAGGAAGUUUAGUGAGGGUUUAAGGUAUGAGCUGAAGAAGGCUAUUGUUCCUAUGGGAAUUGUGGAGUUCCCAGUUCUGGUUGAAAAGGCAAAAACAAUUGAGAGAUUUGAAGGAGGAAAUAGAGUGGCAAAGGUUCCAGAGGGAUCAUCUGGAUUUGGAAGGGGGAAACAUCCCCAAAAGAGACCAUCUCAGUUUCAGAAGGGGAAUGCUAAUAAGAAACCAAUGGGGACUACUACUAUAGGAGCUGUUCAGAGUUUUAGAUGUUACAGAUGUCGAGGCCCACAUAUGAUGAGGGAUUGUCCUACAAAGGAUUAUGUGUGUUUUAAAUGUGGCAAGGUGGGUCACAUGGCUAAGGAUUGCAAUGUAAGAAAUACUCAAGCUAGAGGAAACCAGAAAGUGGAUCGGCCUACUGCAACAGGUCGUGCUUUUGCUUUAACAGGUGCUGAAGCUGAAACGGCAUCUGAGCUGGUUAAAUUUGGUUGUGAGUUCCUUAUGUGUGGAUCUAGUAGUUUCUACCCCAGCUUCAGGGUCUGUUUUGACUUCUCAGGGAUGGAUUGGAUUUCUGCCAACAGGAUUUUGAUAAAUUGUUCAGAGAAGAGAUUAAUCUUUCCUACUGUUGAACAGGAGAGAUUUAUUUCUAGUGGACAGGUGGAUGGGUUGUUGAAGGGUGGAGCUCUUGGGUUUAUGAUCCUAUCUUUUAUCAGUUUUGAGAAUGAAAAGUUGUUGAAUAGUAUUGAUGUUGUUAGAGAUUUCCCAGAGGUUUUUCCGGAUGAUGUUCUGGGGUUACCACCAAAACGAGAGUUGGAGUUUAGUAUUGAUCUUAUACCAGGGGCGGGACCAGUGUCUAUUUCUCCUUAUAGAAUGGCACCAGCGGAGUUUUUUGAAUUGAAGAAGAAGGUUGAGGAACUUUUGGAGAAGUAG